AUGGAUGAACAAUUUGAUUUUCGAGCUUUAUUACUUAAACUUCAAGAUUGCUUAUCAGAUAAUGAUCGACGACGUCUUCAUUUUAUUUUUGGUGAUACUAUACCAAGACAUUUACGUGAUGAUCCAACACUUGGUGGUACACUUAGUCUUCUUGAAUCUCUUUUUGAUCAAGCAAUAAUUAGUGAACAAGACUUUGAUUAUUUAAUUCGUGCAUUCAAUGAAAUACAUUGUCAUCAAGCGGUUAAACGACUUAAAGAGCAUCAAUUAACUCAACAUAGAAGACAUCAAAAUGAAACUACUAUAGCAAUUAUUUCAGAUUUAAUCGACGAUAAUGAAGAGGAUAAAAUUUCUCAUAUUAAAGAUUUAUCGAAUUUUAUAUCAUCAGAUAAUUCACAAGAGCGUCAUUCUACAGCAAGUCAAACAACAACGAUAUCAUUCAAUGAAAUCGAUAUUAAUAAAGACCAAUUACCUCUAACAAAAACGCCAAUUCAAUCUGAAAAAAAACAAUUUAAGAUAGAUUUAAUAUUUUUAAAACAAACACUUAAAUCACGAUUAACAAUCUGUCAACUUAUUUCAUAUAUUUUCAAUAUUAUCUGCAUUUUAAUUUUAAUAUUACUUAUUGUUUUGUUAACAAAAUCAAAGCGUUCUAUUUCUUCAAAUAUUUUAUUGGUCAAACUAGGCAAUUUCUCUGGUAAUAUAGCAGGUGGAUAUGAAUUUACUGAUGCUCAAGAUUGUCAAUUAACUUUUAAUGAGAAAGUAGUAAAUAUUACUGCUGCUUGGACAUCUGAUACUCUUGAUUAUGUAAGUUUUCUUUAUUCAAAUAAAAAAUCGAUGCAACAUGGUCGUCAAACGUAUCGUUAUUCACCAUACAUGUCUGAGUUUGUUUUGAAUCCUGAAGAAAGUGUUAAUGGUGUAACAAUUUAUACAGGUACACGUCUUAUUGAUAAUCCUUUCGCACCGAAUGGUACAUAUCUUGUUGUUGGUUUACGUUUUUAUACAAAUAAAGGACGAUCAAGUGAAUUAUUUGGUUCAUCUAAUGGAACACAAAUAGAUGAAUUUUUUCCAGAUUUUACAAUCGCUUAUAUUCGAGGUCGAGCACUUGGAUAUGUCGAUGGAUUACAAUUUAUUUGGUAUAGACAAACUUCAUCAUCGGAUGUUGCAACUUUACUAACGUAUUAA